AUGCACUGCUCUUCUCCUCGUCCUGAGGCCUCAACUGCUCUUCCUUUCUCCCCACUCCAAGUCCAUGAUGGCCGCCACAAAAAAGAGUCAGACAUUAUCCUGAAUAGGGCCAAUGUCGCUCUUGCUCGCAGCCAGCGCCUGGUCGCCUCCUGGCUCCCCGAACCGUCUGCCGAUGAGCUGGCCAACGCCAAGUCAGAAGAGGAGCUGCAGCGCGAGGAAGACGAGAUUUUCACCGCCGUCCCCGAGACUUUCCGCAGACUCGGCGUCGGCGCCCCUCUCCCCGAAAAAGCCGCCGACGGGAGCUGGAAUCGCACAGAACUGAGCUCGAACGAUCAGCUACGGAAACAGCUUCUCGGCAGAAACUACGACAAGAUCAUGAAGGCGAAAGCAGCGGCGAAAUCUACCCAAACGACCGCCGCACAGCCGGGCAAACCAGCUUCUACACUGGUUAAUAGUCACGAUGACGACGGGGACGACGACGAGGAUGAAGGCCGGACUUCAAUGGUUGGCCAGAAGAAACGGAAAACUAAGCAGACGCAGCCUCAACCUACUACACCAACGGACCAGAGCGACAAUGCUGAGAAUGGCGCAGCACCAUCCGAAGUGCAUGCGAAACCAGCUCCGUCAAAGGGGAGGAAAAAGGCCACCAGUUACCUGGAUGAACUCCUGGCGGAGCGGUCGAAGAAGAGAAAGAAGCGGUGA